AUGCCUGGGCCGGAAUAUCCUCGCAGCAGUGAGAACAUGGUCCUCAUUUGGGGUGCGGCCGGCACGGGGAAAUCUGCCUUUGUCCAGCGAGCUUGCUACGACGUGUUCCCCCCAGAACUCGACCCGUUCGACGGUGAGGGGGACCGCAAGCUGGCCGUGGUGGACGGCGAGUCCCGCGCGCUCUGGAUAUUCUGCGUGAGCAACAUGGCCGCGACGGGCAUGGUGGAGAGCUUCAUCAGGCGGAGCGACAUGUUCGUGCUGGCCUACAGUGUGGGAUCGGACGAUUCUUUCUUCCAGAUGAAUAGGGCAUACUAUCUAAUACGGGAGGUGAGGGGUCUCUUGGGUUCAGAGCAUGUCCCAAUAAUAAUAAUCGGCAACAAGUGCGACCUUCCCUCGACGAGGAGGGCUUUGCCUGGAGGGAGGCGGCGGGGCUACGGGUCAUCUUCCCACGACGAUGUCAGAGUUGUGUCCUAUGAGGAGGGUGCCUGUUUAGCUGAGCAGCUGGGAUGCCCGUUUUUUGAAACCUCGGCCAAGGAGAACAUCAAUGUCGAACAAACAUUUAAUGAACUGAUCAGGGCGCACAAUAGGCUGGGGGACCUACGAACAGAGACAAAAAGAAGGUCUUGUAGACAUUUCACUACCUACGUGUACAAUGCCCACGCUGCCUAUGGAUGUCGAAGGGGGGAAAGAACGGUGGCGAAGGGCCAUUAG